ACAGUAAAUUAGUAAAAUAGAAGUUAAAUUCAUCGGUAAAUAACAACAGAAAAAAUAAUAAUAAUAAAUAAUAGGAAUAAUGGCUACAAACACGGCUAACCCACUUGAUAAAUAUGGUGAAGAUGAUUUUUUUAGCAUUAUACUGCGUUACGGUUUAUAUUUUGGAGCUUUCUUCCAAUUGGCUUGCAUUUCAGCUUCUAUCAUUUUGCCCAUGUUUGAAAAAGAUAAUGUUAGUUUUGAGAUAUCUGAGGAUUUGAAAAAUCGUUCAGCUGAUGCACAAACAAAUUCGAGACGAUCUCAUAAGCUUCGUAAACAAGAAAAGAAGAAACGACGUUAAAUUAUUGCAGCUAUUACAAGUUAAUAAUAUUUACAUAGUAGGAUAUGAACCGAUAACCAUUCUAUUUCUAUUUAUCAAUAUACGUUGGAAUUGCAUUUACAUUUUAAUAUUUAAUAUAAUAAAAACAUUCCAUAAUUUUAAAGAAGAUUAUCAUAAAAUGUGUAUCGCUCAAGUCAUUUAGUUUAUUAAUUCUUCGCAGUUUUGAUGAAAGCUAUGCUCUCAGCAUCUUUCGCAUUUAUCACAUAUGGUUUCUUAUAUUGUAGAGCAGCAAAUUGAUGGGAGAUGAUAUGGUGGCAAAAAAUGACUUGCUGGCAUAAUCGUUUUAAUUCUUAUGGCGAAGUAGGCGUUGCCGAGGGAAAAUUACUAGUUUGCCAGAAUUUGCGUAAGAAAAUAACAUACUUUCUCGAAAAGCGUAACAACUGUAAAUUUUAAAGUCUCUUGCAUGCUAACGGGUAAGCAGCCAAAUUCACCUUUCCGCAAAUGCAUAAUUUGAGCAUGUUCCUAGAAAAGAUUUAAGGAUAUCCUUCUCCCGAUUAGAAAUAAUGAAAACAUCAUUGUGGCCGAGGUGAGUGCCUUAAGAGGACUUGCAUAUAGGAUGAUAUCAACUGUUGUCUGACAGCAUUCGAUAUCAUUCACAAUUAAAUUUCAUACGUAUUUGCAAAGAUUGUAUUUGUGCCGGUCCACGAAUAGAAAGUUUGGCGCAGCUUUGCACAAAAAGAGGUUUUAAUCUUUAGCAAGCAAAUUCCAUAAGUUUCUUCGGUGGAAUUUAAAAUACCUGUCCGUCAUGCACGGAUAUAUAAUAGGGCUUCCAUCGACGAUUGUUUCCAGCGGAGAGAAAAUAUGCAAUAUAUAAGGUGUUAUUUUUCUAUGUACACGCGAUUCGUUUCUUCGACUGCUUUACAACUAAAGAUAAAAUAAUAAUCUGAUCGUAAUGGGUUAAUGCAUAUUAUAUGGACGACAAAAAAAAACAUUAUAUAAUUAUAUUCAAUCUGGGUCUUCAAAAAAAUUCACAUUAGCUGUCCGGGAGUUUUAAUUUAUGUAUUUAGUUAUUUGCGAUAUUCCGAAAGUCGGUGCUAUUUCGUUGUAAAAAUUUGUUGCACUAUUCGUCUUCUGCUUCAUUCUGCUUCGUAGAAUUAUUGACGUCCUCAUCACUGCUGCCUUGUAAAAUGAUUUCAACAUUUUCUU